GACGGGGACGAGGCAGACGACGACGAAGGCGAAGGCGAGGUUGCGAAGCCUCAAGAGGGGGAGAAUGCCGUCGCCACCAAGACCGAAACGCUGGCCGACUCUGGAGGCUGUGACGAGGCGGGCCCGGUCAUCCCUGGGUGGAUCUUGAGGAAGCAGGUCCACACUCCGCCCGCCGAGCCGCGGUGGGCCAACGACGAGUUCACCCCCCUGCGUCCCGCGGCGGGCAGGGCCGCCGACCCGGAGGCCUCGCUGGCCUACCCGACCUUCCACCAGUGCGCGGACGAGUUCUUCGCGCAGCUGGAGGAGCACCGGCUCGUGGAGCAGAAGGCGAUGCACGCGCAGAGCGCGUACGCGAAGGUGGAGAAGAUCCGCGUCGAUCAGGGGCGGCGCGUGGAGCAGCUGGAGGGGGAGCAGGCCGCGGCGGAGCGGCAGGCGGAGCUCAUCGAGGCGAACGUGGAGCUGGUGACGCGCGUGCUCGACAUGCUCAACACCAUGGUGGCCUCGCAGGUCGACUGGGGCGAGCUCUGGCGCGAGGUGAAGCGCCAGCAGCGCCUGGGGCACCCCAUCGCGCAGCACAUCCACUCGCUCGACCUGCAACGCAACGAGGUGAAGCUGCUGCUGACCGCGCAGGCGGUUGACGUCGAGGAGGACGGCGAGGCCGGCGACGACUCAGAGGAGGAGGACCGGCCUAUGGAGGUGGUGCCCCUCGACCUGAACCUCUCCGCGCGCGCGAACGUGUCCAGGCUGCACUCGCGGCGGAAGGAGACCCGCGACAAGACAUCGCGGACCCUGACCCAGGCGGAGAUCGCGGUGAAGCAGGCCGAGAAGAAGGCCGAGAAGGACCUGAAGAAGUUCGAGCUGAAGCAGACCAUCCGCCGGACGAGGCAGACGUGGUGGUUCGAGAAGUUCAUCUGGUUCAUCUCCUCGGAGAACUAUCCGGCGAAGCCUUUCUUUAUCAAAAACCCGUCUGGUGGCGAGGUGCCCCCGGCCACCCUCUGCGAGGCCGGAACGACGGCAUUGUGCCACAGUUCCGCUUGGGACAAGCACAUCGUCAUUUCGCCGUGGUGGGUCACGAUGGACGCGGUUUCCAGGGGAGCGGCGCCGACUGGGAGCGAUUUCGUCGCCGUGGAGGGCGGCUUCUUUGUGCAGGGCCGCAGGCGGUUCACGCCGCACCUGCACCUCGAGAUGGGCAUCACGCUCCUCUUCCACGUCGGCGAGGCGAGCAGGGCGCGGCACCGGGGCGAGCGCCGGAGCCGGUACCUCGAGGCCCUCGGCCGCGCCGGCGCGCCCGCCGGGGAACAGGCGGGCGCCCAGAGCGGGGCCUCAACGGAGGAGGCGGCCGAGGAGGGGCCCGCAGGGGCGGCGGAGGAGGCGGCCGAGGAGGAGCCCGCGGAGGCGGCGGAGGAGGAGGACGCCGCCGCCGCCGGAGAGCCCGCGGGGGCGGCGGGCCAGGACGCCGCCGCCGCCGAGGAGCCCGCGGAGCGGGCGGGGGGCGCCGUGGCGCAGGGGGCGGCGCGCGCGGAGCAGGCGGGGGGCGGCGGCGAGGAGGAGGCCGCCAGCAGGGGCGGCCGCUCGCGCAUCUCGAGGGCGGAGCGCCGCAGGAUUCGGCCACGGCGGGGGCGGGAGAAGUACGCCGAUCAGGACGAGGAGGACCUCGGCGUUAGUCUCUAG